AUGAUGUUGGGAUCUAUCGACAUCUCUAUAGUUGGUAGAGGAACGUUAGAGGGCUUAGAAACUUGGUUGUAUGCAACGUCUUUGGUCUUUCCGUUUUUGCAGAUGCAACGUCUUUGGUAUUUCCAUCUCUGGAGUGGAAGGUCCUUCAUCCGUGCAUCCCCCCCCCCCCCAAGUGGUCUCUGGACCUUUUCUUGUACACCCCAACCAUGGUAAUUCUCAUAAGUGAUGAGACAUCUCUACUGGGAUGCGCAUGAAACUUGUAAAACUUGUGGGAUUAGUGGAUCGAACAUGGGAUAACACUGUGCAUUUAACAAAGUUAGUAGAUCCAAUGUUAUGACUCGAUGAUAAGAGGGGUUGUGCUUUUCUUAGGACAAGAAUGCACCAUAUUUUUCUCUUGAAGGCCCUAUAAGAGGAGGCUUUAUAUGUAUUUUGUCUUUUUCUUUGACUGCGGCUCCAAGUUUUUUAGGGAUUUCUAUAGGAUUUUUGAGGAAGAAUUUAUGAAUAUGGAUGAGAUCGGAAGACUUGGAUUCUAUGUACCUUUGGAGACCGUGAUGUAGAAACAGAUCUUAGAGGUGAAUGAUUAGAGAUAUAAUUCUCCUAUUGAUCAAGAUAAUGCUUCUUUGGUGGGAGAAUAUUCCCUUUGUGAGAGAAUUCUCCCAUGGUGAUAGAAUUCUCCCUUAAUCUAGAGAAUGCCCUCCUUGGAGAAAUAAUGUUAAAUCCUUAGCUAAGUGACUCGACACUUGGAGAAUGCGCUCCUAACAUGGAGAAUGCACUCUUAAUGUGGAUAAUGCACUUAUGGUAUGUCAAAUGUGCUUAGGUGCAUGGAAUAUUUAUCCCUCAAGGUUGAAGAUUCUAAAACUUAGGUGCAUGGAAGGUUUAUCCCUCAAGGUUGAAGAUUCUAAAGUAGCUGUAUGGCAUACUGAUUGUCUGAUUUCAUUUAGGGCCUAAUUAUGGAUAUGUAUGACCCAUUAGAAUUAGAGCAUCCUUAUGUUUGUCUAUAAAUAGAGAC